AUGAUCAAGUUAUUCCAUACGCGUUAUCAUGACACUGAAUUGGAGAAGGCGAUGCCGGAUGAAAUUUACGAUUGUCCUUCGACAGCUGACAACCCGUAUGAGGCUGUGACGUAUGCUGAAUGUGUACGAUGCAGACACACCUUUCGAUUCCAUGGACACUACAAUGCACGCAAAGAUACAAACAUAGGAAACCACUGUAGGAACCAUCCUUCUGAGGUUCCAAGACCCUCUUCUCAGCGUACUAUUGAGUUUGACUUUUUUGGGAAAGGAGAACCAUUUGAACAUCUUGGGCGUAUCUUUGGCAACAAAGAGGAGAGAAUGCGGUAUGACCUGCUUAUGUAUUUCUGGAAAGAUUCUAUCCCGUUUAGAAAGGCAGAUUCUCCAGAUUUCAUUUCGUUUGUUGCUUCAUUUUACCAGCUCGUCGUUCAAGAGACUACAAGUGAUUCUCGCAUAACAGGUUCAAGACAAGAAGCUGUCAAAUUUUGUUUCAAAUACCUCCGGAAAAGAAAAUUGAUCUCGAAAAUGGUUGACAGAUCUUAUGAUUGCAUGAAAGAAGGAAUCGUUGCUCCCAAAGAGGAGAUGAUUCUACCGAAACACAUAUAG